AUGGCGUCCACCCUACGAUUGCCUGCAGGCACCUCCGUGCGCAUUGUGCCAUCUGGGUCCUUCAUCGCCCAAUCCUGUACGGCUGGAUCAUACCAAUGUCGGCCCUUCUCGCAGACAUCUCAAAACUUGGCUGGUCGGCCCAUGAACUUCCGCCAGCCCACCCAAUCCCAGCCCUCAUUCAAGAGUCGUACCAAGGGCAUGCCUUUGUCUCAAUUGCCAAGCGACCUUGGUCUAUUACCCGGAACCUUUGUCAAGCCGCUUUGGAGAGAUAUGCCUUCUAUCUUCCGAAGCCCGCGCGAGAGAUUGCACAUGGAGUGGACAUGGCUCAAGACACUGUUCACCAACUACGGCAGUCUGUUGCAAUAUUGCAAGAAGGAGAACGACAUGCCAUUCCACUUCAAGCAGCGACGUCAUUUGGCCUCUGAACUGAUGGAGAGGAUGUAUACUUCAUUUGCGCAAGGCAACAUCCCAGAGAUCCGCCGAUUCUGCGCCGACGGACUUGCCACCAACUUAACUCGCCAGAUCGAAAACAGAGAUUCCUCUGAGAAGUUGGAAUGGACGCUGAUCAAAUACCUGCGCCAGCCCAGCACCAACUUCCUCGGCCUCCGCGUCAUGUCAGACCGCGCAACAUCUUUGCCCGAAAUCCCCAACUCCGGUAUCCGCCAAAUCGUCGUGCGCGUUACAAGCCGUCAGUCCACAACUACAACCAAGCUUCAAAGAGUCACGAGGGGCGCCGCUCCCGCCGAAACUCCCGUCUCCACCAAGGAACUGGACUGCGUCGAGUACAUCGUUGUUCAGAACCUGCGCUGGAACGGUAAAGAUAAGGGCUGGACCCUUUGGGGUCACACUUCCCCGACUACCCUUCACACCGCCAUGACGAACCCCUACUUCGCACCGGGCUUGUCGGCCAUGGAGCGCAUUGAGCAAAUGAAGGAAAAGAUGAUGAACGACGCCCCUCCCAAGAAAUAA